AAGGGGGUGCCCAGCCCUGUUCUAACACGGUGUCCUUCUGCUUGGGAGAGGGGAAGAAGAUCUGAGGACAUCUCUGUGCCCAGGCCAGAAAACUCCCACUCCCAGGUGAGGCCAGGCCUCUACCCAGCUCCUGCCCCAGGACAGACAUGGGGCCCCAUUCCCAGCACCCCCUUGGACUAAACCUGUUGCUGCUCCUGCUGGCACUUCCACUUGGAAGCCAGGGCCAGGCCAACAAAGGCUGCUCCGCGAUCCCAGGGAUGCCAGGCCUGCCGGGGACCCCAGGAAAGGAUGGGUACGACGGACUGCCGGGGCCCAAGGGUGAGCCAGGAAUCCCAGCCAUUCCCGGAACACGAGGACCCAAGGGUCAGAAGGGAGAACCCGGCACACCUGGCCAUCCGGGGAAAAAUGGCCCCAUGGGACCAUCUGGGAUGCCAGGAGUUCCUGGCCCUAUGGGCCCCCCCGGGGAGCCGGGCGAGGAAGGCAGAUACAAACAGAAGCAUCAGUCGGUGUUCACAGUCACCCGGCAGACCGCCGAGCACCCAGCACCCAACAGCCCGGUCAAGUUCAACACGGCCAUCACCAACCCGCACGGGGACUAUGACACAAGCACGGGCAAGUUCACCUGCAGAGUCCCCGGCCUCUACUACUUUGUCUACCACACAUCACAGACAGCCAACCUGUGCGUGCAGCUGUACCACAACGGCGUCAGGGUGACCAUCUUCUGCGACCACAUGUCCAACAGCAAGCAGGUCAGCUCGGGUGGCGUGGGGCUGCAGCUGCAGGUGGGCGAGCAGGUGUGGCUGGCUGUCAACGACUACAACGGCAUGGUGGGCACUCAGGGUUCCGACAGCGUCUUCUCCGGCUUCCUGCUCUUUCCCGACUAGGGCGGGCAGGCCUGCUCCAGCCCCAUGGGCCGCCCCACCGCCCCCGGCUUCCCUGCACAGACCCAGGCCAUUCUCCCCACCUGAUGGACUCUUCCUCCAGGAAGUCCUCCCCGACUCCCACCCCAUGAGUUCUGUCCAUCCCCUGAGCCCCUUCACGAGUCACUGCUUCUACCAUUCUUUUGACACUUAACCAACACCUCUGGUGCUGUUCUCAGUUUUUUUUUCAGGUCUUGGAAGAGGCAGGGAGAUAUAUAAAUAAAUAAAUAAAUCAGUAAGUGUG